AUGCGCCGCAGAGGAAGCGCGCCGCCCAGCGCGGCCCAGUCGGAACCCCGAAAUCCGAAUGGAGGCAGCGGCGGCCUUGGGGGUCGUGAUCUGACUCAGCCGCCGAGGCGACGCGGCGCGACGCGGCGCGACGUGACGGUGGUUCGUGCGCCUGUCGUCGCGCGGGCGUCCGGCGGCGCGGCGCUGCGUUCCAACGUCGCUGCAGCAGCUGGUGGCGGCGCGGGUGCCGGCCUUCCUGUCCGCAGCGCGCGCUGCCGGCCUACCGCCUCUCGCCGGCGGGCUCCGCCGCCGCCGCCUCCGCACCGCCCUUUGCCGCCGCUGCCCGGGGAGCUGCACUUCGCGUCGUCGGCGGCGGCGCCGCGCGGCGCGCAGUACGUGCGCACGUCGCUGCGCGCGGGCUCCGUGCUGCGCCUGCUGGGCGUGUUCGAGGACCUCAAGGCGCCCUCGUCGCCGCCGACGCCCCACGGGCUCACCGUGGCGCAGCAUCAGCAGCAGCAGCGCCGGGCAGGGUCGGGGCUGCUGGCGCUGCUCGGCCGGCGCGCCUCCGCAGCGGCCGACAAGUACGCGCAGUGCGUCUGCCCCAAGGGACAGGUGGUGUUCGUGCGCUGA